GUUUCAUCGAGUCCUGUCCGGCCUGAGCUAACCGGACAGGGUUAGCUGUCAGGUUUCAGCGCCCCCCCGCUCCCCGCCGACCUGUGAUGUAAAGUAGCUUUGCGCAAUGCCACUGCAGAUAUGUAGAAAGGGCCCUCCCGUGGAAAGGGCAUAAAUCCACCAGCAAUCACGACGUACCGCUCCAGGGGGACGAGGUGUCGGAGGAGCCUGCCCAAGGUGGGGGGACAGCACCAGAGGGGCGGCACACACCAGGACGGAGGCGACAGACACCGUGGAAACAAUUUUUCAACAUGAACCUGGUAGCAGAUCUUCUCUGUUUGUUGGCGUGCCUCACUGCAGUGACUUCUGACCGGGUCUAUGUCCACCCUUUCAAUUUGUUUUCUUUCAACAAGAGCACCUGUGAGGAGCUGGAAAGCCUGGUCCAGGAGGGAAAGAAAACUUUUGUCCCUGUCUCCAUUGAGUCCCAAACCACACCUGCCUAUGAAGAUGACCUGAAGGACAGGGACAAGCUGGAAGCCCCGAGCCUGAGUGGCCGGGGGAGGCAGAAGCUGAGCUACUUGAAGGACUUUGUGUAUGUCCUGGGUGUGCGGUUUUACAGCGAGCUGCGGGAAGCGCGACGGGGCCAAAACGUGCUCCUUUCCCCAACAAGUCUUUAUGGCUCCCUGGUGUCUUUCUACCUGGGCGCCUCAAACCAGACAGCAGUCGAUUUGCAGGGGUUGCUGGGAUUUGUUCCCCCCUCCGGAGACCCUGACUGCACCUCCAGGGUGGACGGACACAAAGUUCUCUCCAGCCUGAGGAUGAUCGAGAGCCUCAUCAAGAGCAGGGACGAGGAGCUGCUCUUUUCCAAGACGCUCUGCCUCUUCUCUGCCCCCGGCGUACCUCUGUCCCAGCUGUUCGUGCAGGACUUGCUCCCCUCCGCCGAUGCUCUCUACGCCCGAGCUGUUGACUUUACAAACCCAAGCGAGGCCGCAAAGCAAAUAAACGCCUUCGUGGAGGCCAAAAGCGAGGGCCGAAGCAAGUGCUUACUGACAGACAUCGAUCCAUCCGCCGACCUGCUGUUUGCAGUGGAUGUCCGCUUAGCAGUGAACCUUAAGCAAGCCUCCCGGCUCAAAGAGCCUCAGGAGUUCCAUGUGGAUUCAAGCACGAAGGUCUUGGUCCCCAUGUUGUCAGUCACGGGGACGUUCAAGUACAAAACCGAUGCCAGCGGGACUUUUUCUGUGGUGGAAGUCCCCAUCAGCAAGACGGCGCUGCUGGUGCUGCUGCAGCCCAUCAACAGCAGCGACCUGGAGCAUGUGGAGUCCCAGCUGCCGUUGCAGUCCUCGGCCUGGCUUCAGCAGCUGUCUCCAAGAGAAAUUAAAUUGACGCUGCCGGAGUUAAGAAUAGAAGGCAGCUCCGAUCUACAGGAGCUUCUUGCAGAUAUGGAACUGCCAGCACUGCUGGGGAAGGGGGCAGAUCUCAGUAAAAUAAGCGACACCAAUCUAACAGUUGGAAAGGUAAUAAAUAAAGCCUUUUUCAAACUGACCGGUGAUGGAACAGAUCAGCCGGAAGACCCCGCAGCACAGAAGGAAGAUUUGGUGUUCCUGGAAGUAACACUGAACAAGCCGUUCCUCUUCGCUGUCUUUGAAGAGAAGUCAAGGGCAAUGCUUUUCCUUGGCAGAGUUACAAACCCACUGCAGGGGGUUUAAACGCGGCCACGGGGGAUGGGCAGGGAGGGGACUGACGCACAUUUCCCAUCACCUUUUUCUUACUCAUCAGCUGUUUUUAUGAUCUUGUUGAGCGCUCUACUUAGCUUUGAGAUGAAGCAGGUAGUGUUUGAAAUACAGCUUUUUGAAAGCUAAAACAUCGCAAUAUUUCAUCCCACUUCAUCUGUUUCACGUGAGAUGACUCAAACUCUUCCUCCAGCUUCUCUUCUUUCUUUAUUCCUACUUUGUCUCUCCCCUUCUGCCCCCAGCUCCCUUUUUUGAUGCAGUGAGGACAAAGUAGUAGCCAGCAGGGCAUUGACUUAAAAAAAAAAAAAAAUAGUUUUACAAGCACAAGCAGCAUAUAUUAUGGAAAAGAAUAGAAAAAGACCUCUUCAUUCCUUAAGAGGUCACUUUAAUUUUUUUAGUUUGGUCAGUUUUGUAAGAGAGACCCCCUUUUAUGUUACAGUGGAAGUUUUACAGUUAUCCACAGAGAUUUCUAGCUUCAUCAGCAACAUUUUCCUUUAAAAUGCUGCCAGCAGCACGGGCAGGCUUCGUUUGUCCCACUGAGACAAGAUUUUUUGCCUUGGAAGCAAAAACACAUUUAGAGGAAGUUUCUGCUUUCUGCAGCCCAGAUGGAUACAUUCAUUUCUUAACUCUAUGGAAAAGCUAAAAAUAGAGUUUGGUAGCAUUAAUGGAUGCGAUGGAUAAAUUCUCAUCGCCUGACAGAAUUAUCUCCAACUUUUUGGGGGGGGGGGGG